AUGAAGUUCUCAGUAGCAGCUCUAUCACUGUGCCUGGCACCCCUCGCCCUGGCCAAGUCGGUCCACAAUGUCUACCCCGUACGACGCGACGCCAACAAGGUCGCCGCCAGGAAAGCAAAGGCAAAGGCACAGCAGGGAAGUUUGGCAGGGCUAGGUCUCGCAGGCUUCGGAAUCACAGAGACCACCGUACAAGAGGUCAUCCUGAUCUGGGUGAACCCAGGAAACAGCGCCGCCACGACCACCGUCAAUCAGCAGGUCACCGUCACUGAGACUGUCACCGCCGGAGCGGUUGCGACCACUGUCGCUGGCGAGGCCGGAACCACAACCGUGGCAGCCGGGUCCAGCACAACAGUCGCCGGCACUGGCGCAACUCACAGUGUUACCGUUGGUGGCUCCGCUGGUCUGCAGUUCACGCCCUCGGAGGUUAAGGCCGCCGUUGGUGACAUGGUUGUUUUCACUUUUCUGAGCCAGAACCACACUGCCACUCAGUCUGCAUUCGCCACGCCUUGCGAUCCCCUCGCUGGCGGUAUGGACUCUGGCUUCCAGGCUAACCCCAACAACACCAUCAACCCGCCACCGCAGGUUGCCAUGCAAGUCAUGGUUGACACUCCCCUCUGGUUCUACUGCGCUCAGAAGGGCCACUGCGGAAAGGGCAUGACCUUCUCCAUCAACCCCACUGCCGAAAAGACCCAGGCCAUGUUCCAGGCCAUGGCUAUCGCUCAGAAGGGUGCUGGCGCAGGAACAGCCAUCACCGGCAACGGUGGUGCUGCCAACGGUAGCGAGGCCGCUGCCCCGGCUGCUACCGCGUCCACGACCUCGCUGCUCCCUCUCGGCGGAAGCUCCACGACCACCGCUGCUGUUGCUGGCGCCACCAAUGGUGUUACAACUGGCAGUGGCACGACUCUGGCUGACGGUUCCUGCGUCUGCGCCGUCCAGUGUGGCUCCAUCGGCACCGGUGCAUUCCCCGCUGUCGCCGCUCAAGGAGUUGGUGCUUUCGGCGGUGCGCUACCCAUCAGCAUGGCUGCGGCUUAA